AUGUCAACUCCACGAGCGCACUCGACCAAGCCCAUCGUUGGGCAGACGGCGGUCUCUAAGUCCUCAAUCGAAGAUCCCUCCAACAACUUCACUCGACGCACCGAGACCGAAGAAAUACCCAUAGUCAGCGAUGGCCUCCACCGUCGCCUCAGCAACCGCCAGCUCCAGCUCGUCGCCAUCGGGGGUUCCAUAGGCACGGCCGUCUUCGUCAGUAUGGGCGGCGCCCUCCAGCGUUCCGGGCCGGGCAGCCUUCUGCUGGCGUUUGCCAUCUACACGAUCAUUCUCUCGCUGUGUAACAACUGCAUGGCCGAGAUGUCUAUCUACAUGCCCGUCAGUGGCGGCUUCGUCAGACUUGCGGGGAAAUGGGUCGAUGACGCAUUUGGCUUCAUGGCUGGAUGGAACUUCUUCUUCUACCAAGUCUUCCUCAUUCCGUUUGAGAUUGUGGCUUUGACGCUGGUGGUGUCGUACUGGAACGACAGGGUCCCAGUCUAUGUAAUUUGUGUUGGAUGUAUUGUGCUCUACGGCCUCAUCAACGUCUUUGCUGUCAGCGUUUACGGAGAGGCUGAGUUCUACCUCUCGAGCGGCAAAGUCGUUCUCCUCGCGAUGCUUCUCGCUUUUACUCUGAUCACAAUGGCAGGUGGUAACCCGCAGAACGACGCCUACGGCUUCCGAGCCUGGUCCGCCGGUUAUUUCGCCGAGUACAUCAGCACCGGCCCCCUCGGGAAAUUUGAAGGCUUCCUGUCUGCUCUUUGGACAGCAUCCUUCACCUGCGUCGGACCCGAAUACGUCUCCAUAAUGGCCGCCGAAGCCAAUCAUCCCCGUAUUUACGUGAAGACGGCCUUCAAAGCAGUCUACUGGCGCAUCUGGAUAUUCUUUGUCGGGAGUGCCCUGGCCGCUGGCAUCGUCGUCAGCCAUAAGGACCCGACUCUCGUCGCGAUAUAUACAGGUAAGGGAGGCUCAACGGGCAGCGCGGCUGCAUCGCCGUAUAUCAUCGCCAUGGGCAACCUCGGUAUUGGCAUCCUGCCGCAUGUUGUCACUUUCUUCCUGGCUACCACCAUCUUUUCCGCUGGUAGCGCCUACACCUAUUGUUCAACGCGGACGCUCUAUGGCCUAGCUCUCGAGGGCAGGGCUCCGCGCUUCCUGACCAAGACGACGAAUAAGGGCGCCCCAAUUUACUGCCUCGCCGUGGUUAUGGUGUUCCCCCUCUUCUCGUUGCUGCAGCUUUCGAGCUCUUCGGCAAAGGUACUCGACUGGCUGAUUUCGCUGACGACCGCGGCAACUGUCAUUGACUACAUUGUCAUCUGCGUCACGUACAUCUGCUUUCACAGGGCUUGCAAGACUCAAAAUUUUGAUCGAUCUCGUCUUCCUUAUUUUGGUCGAUUUCAGCCGUACAGCGCGUACAUCGGCUUGGCCUGGAUGACAUGUGUCGUCACUUGCUACGGCUACCGGUCGCUUAGCCCGUUUGACCCAGCUUCGUUCUUCGUACACUACACCAUGGUUCUUCUGGCGCCUCUUUUGUUCUGUUCCUGGAAGUACUACAAGCAUACAAAAACUCUGCGGCCGAACGAAGUCGACCUUGUGUGGGAUGCCCCUCGGAUAACCGCGUACGAGGAGCUGCUGAGCGAAGUUGAUCCUCCUAUUGGAUUCCUACAAGAUAUAGCCAACCACUUCUCUGUCAGGAGGCUCAUGAGAGGACGCGAUGUCACCGUCGGUGUGUAA